AUGGAAGGCUUACCAACUGAGCGAAUUACUCAGGCAAAAACAUUUUACAAGACGGGCAUCAAUUAUGCAGAGCUUUUUAGUAUAAAGGUGUCGCGUAAUAAAACGGGAAAGGCAUAUUUAGCCAUAUUUGUAUGUCUAGUAACUAAAGCAAUUCACUUUGAACUGGUAUCCGAUCUCACUUCGGCGGCGUUUCUGAAUUCGUUAAAACGCUUUAUAUCUCAUAGAGGAAAAUGUAGCACUUUAUACUCAGAUAACAGCACUACCUUCACUGGUACGAGGAACCAGUUAGCAGACCUAAAAUCAUUCUUGCUUAAAGAAAAUACACAGCAAAUCAUACAUGAUUACUUGGUUGAAAACUUUAUAGAAUGGAAGUUUAUUCCUUCGCACUCGCCUGAUAUGGGCGGUCUAUGGGAAGCCGCUGUAAAAUCUGCAAAGAGUCAUAUGCAAAAAAUUAUCGGCACCAAAAUAUUACAUUUUGAAGAAUUGUACACAAUUUUAACACAAAUCGAAGCCUGUCUUAAUUCUAGGCCCUUUACACCUUUAUCUACUAGCCCGACAGAUCUACAAGCGAUUACGCCUGGACAUUUUCUUGUAAGAGAAGCAAUUACCUCAAUUCCGGAACGCAACUUUACUGACGUGCCCACAAAUCGCCUAACGCGCUUUCAGCUACUUUCACAAAUCAAACAUUUUUGGAAUAGAUGGGCACAAGAGUAUAUAUUGCAGCUGCAACAACGUUAUAAGUAG